AUGGUAACAGAGGGGUACCAACAAGAUGUGUUGAGCAAAAGGUCAAAGGUCACCACAGAGAGAUUGGCCUUGCUGGUUGUCAGUGGUCUACUGGCUGCUGCAGUCAUUGGUCUUUGUGUUACUGUGUUUGACAACAUAAGAUUGAAGCAAAUGUUCAAAAAACAAGAUGAUCUCCAAAACAGAAAUGAAAGUGGAAACACAAAUGUCUCAGAAAGAGAACCAUGCAGCACAGUAAAGCCUACAUGUCCAGUAUGUCCAACAGUAGAAAAAAGAAAACCAUGCAGAACAGUACAGCCUACGUGUCCAAAAACUGACGUGAAAGAUCAAGCAUGUUAUAAAUGUGAAGAAGGCUGGGAGCAACAUGGAGGAAAGUGCUAUUACUUCUCCAUCAGUAAAUCAUCCUGGGAACAGAGCAGAGAUGAGUGUAGAGCUAAAGGAGGAGAGCUGGUUAAGAUAGACAGCAGGGAGGAGCAGACUUUCCUGGUCAGAAGACUGAGAGUUGUAAUGACUGAAGCUGAGGACAAGUUCUGGAUCGGACUGACAGACUCAGCAGUAGAGGGCAGAUGCUUGUGGGUGGAUGGAUCACAACUAAAUCAAAGUUUGACGUUUUGGAGGGUGAAGGAGCCAGACAAUUGGAACGGGACACAUGGAGAACAUCCUGAUGGAGAGGACUGUGUGAGGAUGGGAGAAAAAAGUGAAGGUGGUAGUCUGGAGUGGUGGUUUGAUGCAUUUUGCUCAAAGCCUCACAGAAGUAUUUGUAAGAAAGCAGGAGUAAGGGGAAAGUUUAAAAAGGUAUGUGACUGAAAUUCAGUUCAGUCUAUUAAACACCAGGUUGGAAUGAUGCGGU